UUGAUUCUUCAUCCCUUCUCUUCUUUGUUAUUGGAACAAUCGAAAUGGGUUGCCAUGUUUACUUGUUUGCUUGCUCUUUGCUUCUUCUGGUGGCUGCUUCAACUGCUUCUGGUGAAAGAAUAGUGGAGCACACAUUCAAUGUGAGAAAUUGGACUCUUAAUAGGCUAUGCAAUAGCCAGGUGAUUACUGCAGUAAAUGAUAGCCUCCCUGGUCCUACAAUCCAUGCUCGAGAUGGAGACGUACUGAUUAUUCAUGUAUUUAAUGAGUCACCUUAUAACUUGACUAUUCACUGGCAUGGAAUUUUUCAGAUGCUGAGUGCGUGGGCAGACGGACCUGACAUGGUGACUCAGUGUCCAAUUCGCCCCGGAACUAAAUACACCUACAAAUUCAAAAUCAUUAGACAGGAGGGAACCCUCUGGUGGCACGGUCAUCUCUCCGCCAUCCGUGCCACCGUGUAUGGUGCACUCAUCAUCCGCCCCAGAGCUCGCAACUCUUACCCAUUCCCAAAGCCCUACAGGGAAGUUCCCAUCCUACUAGGUGAGUGGUGGAAUACUAAUGUCAUGGAUGUUGACAGGGAGGCUAUAGCCCUCGGCUCUGGUCCGAACAUCUCCGAUGCUUAUACAAUAAAUGGAUUGCCCGGUGAUCUCUAUCCAUGCUCUAGACACAAAAUGUACAAGCUUAAGGUGAAGCAAGGGAAGACCUAUCUCUUACGUAUCAUCAAUGGUGCUGUCGAGAAUCAGCUAUUUUAUAAGAUAGCCAAUCAUAAGAUGACUGUUGUGGCCAUUGAUGCUUGUUACACCAACCCGUAUGUCACCGACGUGUUGGCUAUCUCCCCUGGCCAGACGGUCGACGUUUUGCUAACUGCAGAUCAGCCGGUUGGGUCGUAUUACAUGGCCGCUAGACCAUAUGCACCAGUAGUUGGUUUACCGUUUGAUAAUACUACGACAAGGGGUGUCAUUGUCUACGACCGUGCACCAUCUUCAAGAAAGCCGCUGAUGCCACUCUUACCGUCGUUCAACGACACCCCCACGGCUCAUAAGUUUUACACUAACCCUACGAGUUUGAUCAGUUGGCCUCUCUGGGACCCUGUCCCACUUAAAGUGGACCAUGAAAUGUUCGUGACCGUCGGCAUGGCGGUUGAAGCUUGCCCACCAAACACAACUUGUCUUGGUCCGAUUAGGGGAACAAGAUUCUCGGCCAGCAUGAACAAUGAAUCCUUCGUGUUACCUACGGGCUUGUCUAUGUUGCAAGCCUUUUACUUCAACGUCGGAGGAGUUUACACCACCGAUUUCCCUGCCAAGCCUCCGAUUGAAUUUGACUACACAAACUUAGCCAUUAACAACAACCUGCCUAUGCUAUUUGCUCCAAAAGGAACCAAGGUCACCAAGCUUAAGUUCAACUCCACUGUGGAGAUGGUGUUGCAGAACAUAGCUAUUCUCGGAAGGGAUAAUCAUCCCAUGCACCUCCAUGGCUUUAAUUUCUAUGUUUUGGCUCAAGGGUUUGGAAACUAUAACCCUACCACAGAUAGAAGAAAGUUCAACCUUAUUAACCCUCAAAUGCGCAACACCAUUGCCGUGCCUUUUGGAGGAUGGGCUGUCAUCAGAUUCGUUGCUAACAAUCCAGGUGUAUGGUUUAUGCAUUGCCAUAUUGAGGCGCACGUGCCAAUGGGGAUGGCCACAGCCUUCGUGGUUGAAAACGGACCAACUCCGGAAACAACCUUGCCUCCACCGCCAGCUGAUCUUCCGAUAUGCUGAUUAAAUUAUUAAACGUUUAAAAAUUUUGAUAUGCAGU